UCCUCAACAAGUCGGAGGCCGAUCCCUCCCCGGGCUGGUGGGGCCGGGACCGAGCUCGCUUCGCCUUGGGCUCCCUGGGAGGAAGCGCGCUGCUUCUCCGGAGCGUCUGCCCAGCCUUAAAGCCCUACUUGUCGGGAUCCCCCUCCUUUUGCCUUCUCUCUGCCCCUUCCAAAAGGGGUUUUCUUUUCUUCAAAAAGAAAAACGGGGGGAGAAAGUAAGUGACUGCAAAUUGCUCUUAUUCUGCGGCUUCUUGCCCAGCGCUCCCCGACAGAAUAAGUUUUCGCGUGUCCCGGGCCCCCGCAAGCUCAUCUUUUGUGCCUGCGCGGACCGGGACUUAGUCCCGCUUCUGCGAAGUAGAAGCGCACCCCCUUUUGAUGUACGUCCCUCCGAAGCUAGCUGAGCCAGGCUUGCCCCCGCCCGGAGAGCCUUCCUUCCCCGCCCGUGCUUUCCGAGGCGCGCCCAGGCCUGCUCGCGUUCCCUGGGCUAAAGCUGGAAGGGAGCUUAACCUCUUCCAACCCUCUCCUUCUACUGACAAGUAAAGCAAGGCCCAUGGGGGAUUGAAGGCACUUUUUAAAAUCACCCCUCUCUUAAGCGGCCCCGGCUUUAUAGGGACAAGAACUCAUGCAGCAAGAACUACCGGAACCGGCUCUUCCUUUUCCCUCAAAAAAAGGACCAGGCGACACUAUUCUUUGCAGCGCGCCUUUAGGGAUGCCGGAUUCCAGGGAGGCACCACCUGCCACUGAGCUCUUUUGAGGCAGCAGACAGUAUGAGGGCUCAGUCAGCAAACUCGCCUACCUCAUCCGGGUCCCUGUCCUCAGAUGCGGAGUAUUAGUAGCUCUAGGCCGCCUUGUCCUUGUGGGCUACCCUUUUCCCCACGUCCCGAAAGGGAGGCCGCGGAGAGCCAGACUUUCUCUCGUGGAUCAAUCUUGACCAGUAGAGUAUUCUAGGGCAUGGCUGAUCUAGAACCUGGAACUCCGCAAGGUAGGCAGAUCUGGAUCGAGGCAGAGGUUAGUUAUUGUGGGUGGUGACUCUUGAUUUGAAGUGCCAUGAAUCUCUCCUCCUGUCCUUCUUUCACCUCUUCUAGCCAGCGCUUGCACUAAGUCUAGAUUGCAGGGGUUUAUGGUCCUCACAACUUCCUUGUAUCGGGACCAGGAAUCUAGUUCUUUAAGUUUUGACUUCUCAUCUUUCGUCAAAAGACCAAAAGCUGUGAUCUCAGCUGUGCUCCCUUGUCAAGCUAACUGCGGGCUUAAUUGCUUCCUGUUCAGGAGUUAGAUUUUUCUGCUCCGACAGCUGGAGAGUCCGGGGCUAGAAAAUAAAGCCCAGGGUAGGCCCAAGGGAAGCUUCCCAGCUCUGCUUUUGUCUUGAACUUCUCUGGUAAAUGCUGGACCUUGGAGGCAUACCUAUUCUGCUGUUCUAUUCACCACAUUGACUCCAGAUUCCUUAUUUAAAACGUCAAAUUUAGCAUUGCUCCCAGCUAAAUAAUUUUCAGCCCAGUUGAUCUUCGGGGCUGUGCCCCUUAUUAGGAAAAGGCAUCACUGCCCCAGGAAGCACCAUCAUGCGACUGAGCUCCCUUCUGGCUUUGCUGCGACCCGCGCUACCCCUCCUCCUAGGACUGUCCUUAGGGUGCAGCUUGAGCCUCUUACGGGUCUCCUGGAUCCAGGGUGAGGGUGAUGACCCCUGUGUGGAGACUUUGGGGGAACUUGGGGGGUCACGGAAGCUGGAUUCAAGGAACCAGCUUGGCCAGAGUGAUGAAGACUUCAAGCCACGGAUUGUUCCGUACUACAGAGAUCCCAAUAAGCCAUACAAGAAGGUGCUCAGGACACGGUAUAUCCAGACGGAGCUGGGCUCUCGAGAAAGGCUGCUCGUGGCUGUCCUGACCUCCCGGGCCACACUGUCCACACUAGCAGUGGCCGUGAACCGCACUGUGGCCCACUACUUUCCUCGGCUACUGUAUUUCACAGGGCAGAGAGGUGCCAGGGCACCAGCUGGGAUGCAGGUGGUGUCCCACGGGGAUGAGCGCCCAGCCUGGCUCAUGUCCGAGACCCUGCGCCACCUCCACACGCACUUUGGCGCUGACUAUGACUGGUUCUUCGUGAUGCAAGAUGACACCUACGUCCAAGCUCCCCGCCUGGCUGCACUGGCCGGCCACCUUAGUAUCAACCAGGACCUGUACCUGGGUCGGGCCGAGGAGUUCAUUGGUGCAGGGGAGCAGGCCCGGUACUGUCAUGGUGGUUUUGGCUACCUGCUGUCCAGGAGCCUCCUGCUCCGGCUGCGGCCCCACCUGGAUGGCUGCCGCGGAGACAUCCUCAGUGCCCGUCCUGAUGAGUGGCUUGGGCGCUGCCUGAUUGACUCGCUGGGCAUCGGCUGUGUUUCUCAGCACCAGGGGCAGCAGUAUCGCUCUUUUGAGUUGGCCAAAAACAGGGACCCAGAGAAGGAAGGAAGCUCAGCAUUCCUAAGUGCUUUUGCUGUUCACCCUGUCUCUGAUGGGACACUCAUGUAUCGGCUACACAAGCGCUUCAGUGCGCUAGAGUUGGAUCGGGCCUACAGUGAGAUAGAGCAGCUGCAGGCACAGAUCCAGAACCUGACAGUGCUGACCCCCGAGGGGGAAGCGGGGGUAAGCUGGCCAGUGGGGCUCCCUGCCCCUUUCACUCCACGGUCGCGCUUUGAGGUCCUGGGCUGGGAUUACUUCACAGAGCAGCACAUCUUCUCCUGUGCAGAUGGGGCCCCAAAGUGUCCCCUCCGGGGGGCCAGCAGGGCAGACGUGGGCGAUGCCGUGGAGACGGCCCUGGAGCAGUUGAAUAGGCGCUACCAGCCCCGCCUGCGCUUCCGAAAACAGCGGCUCCUCAAUGGUUACCGCCGCUUUGACCCGGCCCGGGGCAUGGAGUAUACUCUGGACCUUCUUUUGGAGGCCGUGACCCAGCGUGGGCACCGCCGAGCCCUGGCACGAAGGGUCAGCUUGCUCCGGCCAUUGAGCCGAGUGGAGAUCCUGCCUAUGCCUUAUGUCACCGAGGCUACCCGGGUCCAGCUGGUGCUGCCACUGCUGCCUACAGAGGCCGCCGCUGCCCCGGCCUUCCUGGAGGCCUUUGCAGCCGGCGUCCUGGAGCCCCGGGAGCAUGCUCUAUUGACCUUGCUGCUGGUCUACGGGCCGCGGGAAGGCGGUCGGGGGGCUCCCGACCCCUUUGCGGGGGUGAAGGCGGCAGCGGCCGAGCUGGAGCGCAGACACCCCGGGGCCCGCCUGGCCUGGCUUGCUGUGCGAGCCGAGGCGCCCUCCCAGGUACGGCUCAUGGACGUGGUCUCCAAAAAACACCCGGUAGACACACUCUUCUUCCUCACUACCGUCUGGACCAGGCCCGGGCCUGAUGUUCUCAACCGCUGCCGCAUGAACGCCAUCUCAGGCUGGCAGGCCUUCUUCCCCGUCCACUUUCAGGAGUUCAACCCUGCGCUGGCCCCAGUGAAGCCCCCCCCGGGGCCUCCUGGGGCGGGCCCUGACCCUCCCUCCCCAGCCGGGCCCGAUCAACCCCGGGGGGCCUCUGCCGGGGGCCGAUUUGACCGGCAGGCCUCUUCGGAGGGGUGCUUCUACAAUGCUGACUACUUAGCAGCUCGAGCCCGGCUGGCCGGGGAACUGGCUGGACAGGAAGAGGAGGAAGCCCUGGAGGGGCUGGAGGUGCUUGACGUUUUCCUACGCUUCUCAGGGCUGCACCUUUUUCGGGCAGUUGAGCCGGGCCUGGUGCAGAGAUUCUCACUGAGGGACUGCAGCCCGAGACUUAGUGAGGAGCUCUACCACCGCUGCAGACUCAGCAACCUGGAGGGCCUGGGUAGCCGGGCCCAGCUGGCCAUGGCCCUAUUUGAACAAGAGCAGGCCAACAGUACCUAAUCCACUGCUGUGUACACUGGUACUUCCUCAUCCCUUCCCUUCUGCUGCCUUUGCCCCAGGAAGGGCAAAGCAAGAUGGUCUGAGACAGAUGGAGAAAUUGUUACUGUAUUUUUUUUAAAUGAGAAAAUAUUAUUAAAAGUUUCUUCU